UUCUUUUUCCACCGACGUUUGUUGAAUGUACUUCGUUUUGAAAAUCAGCUUUUAUUUAAGUCAUCCUAAAAUGUUUUUUAAUUUUAAUAAAAAAUAUAAAUAGUCAACAUUUAUGGGGAAAUAUCCAAGUAAAUAUGGAUGGUGAAGAAGUUUGUUCAAGCACGUUGACAAAAGUGUUAAACGAACAUGAAGAAAAAAAACUGGAGGAACAAAACCAGCGCUUGGUAAGCGACCAUAAAGCCGGCAUGCUGGAGAUUCAAGCAAAAAAGCAUUGGGAUUUGUUUUACAAACGCAACGAAACAAGAUUCUUUAAAGACCGUCACUGGACAACAAGGGAGUUUUGUGAACUUAUCAACGACAAUGUGGAUGAGAGAAAAACCGUUUUCGAAAUCGGAUGUGGGGUUGGGAACUUUAUUUUUCCGUUAAUCAAAGAUAAAAUCAAUUUGUUUGCCUUGGCAUGCGAUUUAUCACCAAGAGCUGUAGAAAUGGUGAAGUCAAACCCACUUUAUGAUGAAAAUCACAUACAUGCCUUUCAGGGAGAUAUUGUUUCAACGGAAAUCUUGGGACACGUGGAAUUGGAAAGCGUUGAUAUCGCAACUUUAAUUUUUGUACUCUCUGCCAUACACCCAGAUAAAUUUGUAAAAACUUUGCAAAAUAUUCAUUUGCUACUCAAAAAAGAUGGUAUCAUACUUUUCCGCGACUAUGGUCUGUAUGAUAUGGCACAAUUACGGUUCAAAGCUGGUCACAAGAUAUCUGAAAACUUUUAUAUGAGGCAGGAUGGUACCAGAAGUUUUUAUUUUUCUCUGGAUUACAUUAAAACAAUUUUUGAAGAGGCUGGCUUUGAGAUUAUUGAGAACUCCUACAUACACAGACGGACUAUUAAUAAAAAGGAGAAUAUUGAUGUGCCCAGAAUUUUUGUGCAAACCAAGGCUAAAAAAAAAUCUUGGGACAUUUAUGAGCAAUGCAGGAGUAUUCCUACACAAGUCCACAAGUGUAAUAGUGUAAUAACAAACACAGGAAGAACCAUUAAAUUGAAGGAGUGAUGCAAUAAAUAAUUGAACUAAAUCGUAAUUGGAAGUGGUCUUAACCUUCUUUAUCCCUUAGACAGCACCAUUCCAGAAAAUGUUCCACGGUAGCAAGUAAUAUAGAUUUAUUAAAAUAUCUUAAUUUCUUCAGAUCCGUAUUUAGCUACUAUUAGGCAAAAACUUUAUAUUGUUAAGGAAAGGGAAUUUCUAGAGGAAGUUAUGUCACUUUAAAACCUUGAAUAAAUAAUAUGUAUAUAGUUAGUUUUUUUUAUUCGAAAUUUGACGUUAAAAAUUUGGAAUUGGCAAUUAUUU